ACUGUAGUAUGUGUAGAAGCGACAACGCAACGAGGUUCUCUCUCGGUGGAAGACCGUGUCCGAGUGACAGGCCGUUUCUGCGCUUACCUUACUCAACUAAACCCAAGUGCCAUGGAGGAAUCGAGUAGUUGACGUUUCCUGCUGCAACCUUCUCUUUUUAAGCUUUCUUCUCGUCCGAUCAUUGUUUUCCUAACCCGGUUUAUUGACGUUUUGAACUCUCGGCGACUCUUCAAGCUUUGACCAUCUGAAAUCAUGAAGUACAUCAUCGGCAUCGGCGGAGUGACCAAUGGAGGGAAAACCACCCUCACUAACAGGCUGAUCAAGACUCUACCCAACUGCUGUGUGGUACAUCAGGAUGACUUCUUCAAGCCCCAAGAUCAGAUUGAAGUUGGUGAAGAUGGCUUUAAGCAGUACGAUGUCAUUACUGCUCUGGACAUGGAAGCCAUGAUGAGUACAAUCUAUGCAUGGCUGGAGAACCCAGUGAAGUUUGAGAAGUCUCAUGGCGUUAAUAACAUCCUGGAUACUGAGAUUGUCCCAAAGUCUGACCACAAGGAGGAGGAAACUCACAUCCUCAUUGUGGAGGGCUUCCUGCUUUACACCUAUGGACCAUUGAUCGACGUGCUGAACCAACGCUACUUCAUUUCCAUCCCCUAUGAAGAAUGCAAAAAGAGGAGGUGCAAUAGGAACUACACGGUGCCUGAUCCACCUGGCCUGUUUGAUGGCCACGUCUGGCCCAUGUAUUUAAAACAUAAGAACAUCAUGGAGGCAUCAGAUGUUGAUGUUUUGCAGCUAGAUGGAACAUGGACAAAGGAGCAACUGUUCAACUUUGUCUAUGGUGACAUCCUCAACAACAUCCAAAAAUCUCUCUAACAAAGGUCAGCUGAUCGGCUUAAGGAAGCAUAUACUCAAAUCUGCAAGCAGAAGACCGCCUUGCCUUAAGUUUCUACCUGGCAGCUCAUAGUUGACUGCUAUGUUUUUUUUUUUUUUUUUUUUUUUUUGUUUGUUUUAUUGUUUUGUAAAUGUUUGACAGCAUAAAAUGCUGGAAUGAUUUUUAUAUCUUCUAUAUUUAUUGCUUUGUUACAGCCUAUACUUCAGAGAGUUGAUGGAAAUGUUCAGAGGAUGGUUGCAUAUGUCAAUAAAUGAUCCUCCUGCCAA